UCAUUAGUCCAGUAAUGUGUGGCCUUUUAAGUCAUCAUUAUCAUUCUCUGUUGCAGAAUUAAAGUCCUCACCAGCUUUUUAUUGUCUAAUUUCGAGAAGUCCCAGUUUAGAGUGGGUUUAUGAAUUACCCCCCGCGGUACGUCGAAAUCUCGCGAUACCGUUUCAACUCAUUCGAUCUAAACUGGAGGGAUUUUUGUGACGUUUUGUGGAGUUAAGCUAAAAGGUUGCUACAGUGAGGCUAACCUGCCUUAACAUAUAGAUGCUCGUCUCACAGUAACGGCCAUGCAAAGUCCUCCAGAAUGGAUUCAGAAGACGACACUACCGUUUUAACAACCUUGAAGUCCUUCAACUCCUUCAUCAGCGACUCAGAGAAGAACUUGACUGAACCACCAGGAUGCAGUUUCCGUCAUCAGUUCAAACGCAGCAUGGAUGUUUUAGACGCAACAGAGAGAGCACAGUCAAAGAAACGCUGCCUUCAGUUGGACCACGAGAAGAAGCGGAUGGAAGUGAGUCACAAACGAGCCAGAUAUGAACUGGAAAAGGCUGCUUCUGACAGGGCACGAGAGUUAGAGCAUGAAAUGGGCAGAAGUCAGGACCUCCUGGGAAAAAUAAUACGGUUAGAGGAACGAGAAGCUGAUGCAGUCAAGAACUUGUCAGAACAGAUGGAGACGAAUCGUGCUCUCCGCAAGAACGUGAUCGGCCUGACCAAGAAACUGGAGGAGCGAGAUCUGUCGCUGAACACUGUCAACCAGACCGUCAGUACUUUGAAGGAUGAGAUCAGGGAGUUGAAGCAGAAGAUUCAAAAUAAGGACUCCACAAUUUCUGCUCAAAGUCUUGAAAACCAGGAAAUGCAGGAGAGACUUGAUUUGCAACACAGGAAGUACCAGGAAGUGUAUCAGCUGUGCCAGACUCUACAGGCGGCUGAAUCCAUCUGCUCUGAGCAUGUGGUGAAGAUUAAGGAGUUGGAGAGACGUCUGGCUCUGCAGGAGCAGGACAUGGCGGUUGUGACGACUGUGAAGCUGGAGGUGGAGAAGGUCCCAGAACUGGAGAACGAAGUGAAACGCCUCCAAGAAGAGAACAACUUCCUCAGUGAUAUCACAGAGAAUUUUAGGUUGAUGGAAGAGGAGGUGGAGGGUCUGAGGAGAAAAUUGGAAAGGAUGGAGAAAACCAAAGAGGAUCUGGUCAAAAUGGAGCUGCAGAAAGAGAGACUGGCAGAAAAACUCCAAGCCUGGGAAAACCUGCAACAAUCUACUGGUCUUAAUAUAAGGAAACCAGACGAUCUGUCCAGGGAAGUGGUUCAAAUCCAACAGAGAGAAAUUGCUCUGAAGGAGCAGAACUACACUCUGAACAGCCGUGUGAGGAAUGUGGAGCGCAUGCAGACCGAGCUCCAUGCAGAGCUUUCCUAUCAGUGCAGCAGGACUGUGGAGGAGCAGAAGAAGAGGGAGACGCAGGAGGCUUUGGUCCGACGCCUGCAGAAGAGAAUACUGUUACUCACAAAGGAGCGCGACGGCAUGAGGGCCAUACUGGAGUCUUACGACAGCGAGCUGGCAGCCACGGACUAUUCUCCGCAGCUCACCAAAAGGCUGAAGGAGGCAGAGGAGAUGCUGCAGAAAACACAGAGUCACAACGCAGAGAUGGAGGUUCAGCUCUCCAAGACACAGGAGGAGAUGACAACACUCAGACUGCAGCUACAGGCGAUGGAGGCGGAGCUUCAGUCAGUGAAGAAACAACAGGCCUCCGCCGGUGACAGCAGCUCUUUAUUGGACAGAGAGGAGGUGGACAACCUCAGACAGAAGAUAGAGGAGUUAGAGGCAGAGCGACAGCGACUGGAGGAGCAGAACAACAUUUUGGAGAUGAGACUGGAGAGACACAACCUGCAGGGAGAUUACGAUCCGGUCAGAACCAGAGUUCUACACUUUAAAAUGAACCCCACCACUGUUGCUAAGCAACAGCGCCAGCAGGAAGUGGAGGCUCUCCGGGAGGAAGUGACACAUCUGAGGGAGCUUGUGCGCUCCUUGCAGGAUCUGGGCCGUUCUCCUGAAGACCCCCGUUUACACAUCUCCAACCUGAGCCUCAGUCUGCCGCCCUCAAAGGAAGUUCAAGAGUUACGCAAGCAGAUGGAAAGCUGUGAACUGAAAAACCAGAGGCUGAAGGAGGUGUUCCAGAGAAAAAUCCAGGAGUUUCGCACCGUCUGCUACGUCCUGACAGGAUAUCAGAUAGACAUCACCACCGAGAACCAGUACAGACUCACCUCGGUGUAUGCAGAACACAUGGAAGACUCUCUGCUCUUCAAAAAGAGCUCCAGUGGGAACAUGCAGCUGAUGGAAACGGAGUUCUCCAAGACUCUGGGGGAAAUGGUGGCUCUUCAUCUGCAUCACCAGAAGAGCAUCCCAGCAUUCCUUUCUGCUGUGACCCUUGACCUCUUCAGCAGACAGACCACAGUCUGAAAAAGCAGCCGUCAGACCUGUGAAGAUUCAUCCUUCUGACUUCAACUUUUCUUCUUUUAUUAUUUCUGCCUUGUUUGAUUUUUUUUUUUUUUUUUUUUUAAUAAAAUCAAAAAUUUCCUCAAAAGCUCUGACGUUUGAAGCCACCAGGGGGUGUGGUGUGCUGGAGGAGCCAACGAUGUGUCGUGACCUUAGAGAAAGAGGUCACACCUUUUUAAUCAAGUCCAACCAACAGUGGAAAGUCUUUGUGUUUUUGUUUUCCACCGACACUGGAUUGUUUUGUCUUUUUUUUUUUUAACAAAAAAAAUCAUAAAAAAGUAAAAGCUGAGUUGUGUUACUUAUUGUCGAUAAUUCAAAGCUGAUCAAGACAACGAUAAGAAAAGCCGCUCUUUGAGACCUGACACUGAAAAGUGUUUCAAAUGUUUGUGGAGAGAAAGCAGACGUUGAAAGAAAUGCUUUUUUAUUGUGCUCAUUAAAAUCUUUUUGACAGGAAAAUAAAGAAACCUCAGAGAGAUCC